AUGGCCAAUGCUUCCACAGACCUGGACAACGCAGAGGCCCAGCGGCAGCUGAAUAACAACAACCGGCCAGCCAGCGGAACCAGGCCGUCCUGGGACACAGACAGCACCAGCGCCAAGCUGUUUGAGUGCUCCCGCAUAAAGGCUCUCGCAGAUGAGAGAGAUGCAGUCCAGAAGAAGACCUUCACUAAGUGGGUGAACUCUCACCUGGCGAGGGUGUCCUGCCGCAUCGGGGACCUGUACAACGACCUGCGGGACGGCUACAUGCUGACCAGGCUGCUGGAGGUCUUGUCUGGGGAACCGCUGCCCAGACCCACGAGGGGCCGCAUGCGGAUCCACUGCCUGGAGAACGUGGACAAGGCCCUGCAGUUCCUGAAGGAGCAGCGCGUGCACCUGGAGAACGUGGGGUCGCACGACAUCGUCGACGGCAACCACCGCCUCACCCUGGGCCUCAUUUGGACCAUCAUCCUUCGCUUCCAGAUCCAGGUGAUCAAGAUUGAGACGGAAGACAACAGAGAGACCCGUUCAGCCAAGGAUGCCCUCCUCCUCUGGUGUCAGAUGAAAACAGCAGGGUAUUCAGAGGUCAACAUCCAGAACUUCACCACCUGCUGGAAAGAUGGCCUGGCCUUCAACGCCCUCAUCCACAGACACAGGCCUGACCUCAUCGAGUUCCACAAGCUUACCAAAUCCAAUGCUACACACAACCUCCAGCAGGCCUUCAACAUCGCAGAGCAGAACCUGGGGCUCACCAAACUCCUGGACCCUGAAGAUGUGAACACGGAAAACCCAGAUGAGAAGUCCAUCAUUACCUAUGUUGUGUCCUUCUAUCAUUAUUUCUCCAAAAUGAAGGCCCUGGCAGUGGAAGGGAAGAGGAUAGGAAAGGUCUUGGACAAUGCCAUUGAGGCAGAGAAGAUCAUCGAGCGCUACGAAGCCCUGGCCUCCGAGCUCCUGGAGUGGAUCGAGAAGACCAUCGGCAUCAUCAGCAACCAGAAGUUUGCCAACUCUCUGACCGGUGUGCAGCAGCAGCUCCAGGCUUUCACCACCUACUGCACCAUCGAGAAACCCAUCAAGUUCCAGGAGAAGGGAAAUCUGGAGGUUCUUCUUUUCACAAUCCAAAGCAAACUCCGAGCCAACAACCAGAAGCUAUACAUGCCUCAUGAAGGGAAGCUCAUCUCUGAUAUUAACAAGGCAUGGGAAAGGCUGGAGAAGGCGGAGCACGAGAGGGGCGUGGCUUUGAGAAUGGAGCUGAUUCGCCAGGAGAAGUUGGAGCUCCUUGCCCAACGCUUCGACCACAAGACCACCAUGAGGCAGGCGUGGCUGAACGAGAACCAGCGUCUCGUGUCUCAGGACAACUUUGGCUACGACCUGCCCGCGGUGGAGGCUGCCAUGAAGAAGCACGAGGCCAUCGAAGCGGACAUUUCCUCGUACGAGGACCGCGUCAACGUGGUGGUGGAGCUAGCGGGGGAGAUGGAGGCGGAGGGAUACUACGACAUCCGGCGCAUCUCCGCCCGCAAGGAGAACAUCCUGGGCCAGUGGAGUCUGCUGAAAGAGCUGGUGGUGGCCAGGAAGGCCCGGCUGGAGAAGAACCUGUCCCUGCAGAAGACCUUCCAGGAGAUGGUCUACAUGAUUGACUGGAUGGAGGACAUGCAGGUUCAGCUCCUAUCCAAAGAUUUUGGGAAACAUCUCCUGGAGGUGGACGAUCUUCUCCAGAAGCACAGCCUGCAGGAAGCAGACAUCGCAGUCCAGGCGGAGAGGGUUCAGACCCUCAACACGGCUGCUCUCAAGUUCACCACCAUAGAAGGCUACCAGCCCUGUGACCCCCAGGUGAUCUGUAACCGGGUCAACCACGUCAGCACCUGCCUGGAGGAGCUGAAGCAGCUGGCCGGCAAGCGUCGCUCGGAGCUGGAGGAAUCGCGGCAACUCUGGGCCUUCUUCCAGGAGGUGGAGGAGGCCGAGGCCUGGAUCCGGGAGAAGACCUCCAUCCUGACGGCCCAGACCUUCGGCAAGGACCUGAGCAGCGUGCUGCGUCUCCUGCAGAAGCACAAGACCCUGGCGGGUGAGCUCCUGGCCCGCCGCUCCCUGCUGCAGCAGACCAUGAAGCAGGGCAAGCAGAUCCUCACCCAGAAGUGCUUCGGGACCAGCCACAUCCAGGAGCGGAUCAUGGAGGUGAAGGCCGAGUGGAAGCACCUGGAGGACCAGGCCGGCCAGCGCCUGGCCAACCUGCAGGAGGCGCUCAACUUCUUCCAGUUCAACGUGGAGACGGACGACCUCCUGGCCUGGCUGCAGGACACCUACCGGCUGGUGUCGAGCGAGGACUUCGGGCACGACGAGUACUCCACGCAGUCGCUGCUGAAGAAGCACCGGGGGGUGUGCGAGAGCAUCGAGAAGCACCGGCUGCACGUGGUGGCGCUGCGCAAACACAUGGUGGGGCUGACCCUGCGCUACCGGGAGCUGGAGGAGGUGCAGGCGCGCAUGGCCGAGGCGGAGCAGCUCUACACCGAGGUGGCCGAGGUGUCCGUGCUGAGGCAGCAGUGGCUGCACGACGCGCUGGCCGUCUACCGCAUGUUCAGCGAGGUCAACGCCUGCGAGGUGUGGAUCGACGAGAAGGAGCAGUGGCUGGAGAAGAUGGACAUCCCUGAAAGGCUGGAGGACGCCGAGGUGGUGUCCCACAGGUUCGAGAGUCUGGACCAAGAGAUGAACAGCCUCAUGGGUAGGAUCCUGGACGUCAAUCAGAUCGUACAGCAGCUGUUGGAUGGUGGCCACCCUAGUUCCACGGAGGUACGGAGCUGCCAGGACCACCUGAACGGCAGGUGGAACUGCAUUGUUCAGCUGGUGGAGCAGAAGAAGGACCACCUGGACUCCAUCAUGAGGAUCCAGAACUACCUUCUGGAGUGCACCGAGAUCAAGUCCCAGAUCCAGGAGAAGCGCAAGGCCAUCGACGCCACGCAGUACGCAGGCAGCGACCUGGGCGGGGUCCUGGCCCUCCAGCGCCGGCUCUCCACCAUGGAGGGCGCCCUGGGCGUACUGGAGCCCAAACUGCUGCACCUGCAGGCGGAGGCCGAGGACCUGGCCACAGCCCACCCGGGCCAGGCGGUGGAGGUGCUGGUGCAGUUCGAGGGCAUCAGCGUGGAGUGGGAGGAGCUGCGGCGGACCCUGCAGGGGUGCGAGGACUCGCUGACGGUGGCCGGCCGCCUCCAGCAGUUCAUCCAGGACCUGGACGCCUUCCUCACCUGGCUGGUGCAGACGCAGACGGCCGUGGCCUCCGAGGAGCUGCCCAACGCCCUGGAGGACGCCGAGAGGCUCAUCAACCGCCACGCGGCCCUGAAGGAGGAGAUCGGGCGGUACGAGGAGGACUACGAGCGGCUGCAGGCCAUCAACGAGCUGCUGGAGGCCGAGGAGGCCCCGCUGCCCUACAUGGCCCUGCAGCAGUGGCUGCAGAAGCUGGACGUGGGCUGGAACAAGCUGCUGGAGAUGUGGGAGAGUCGCAGGGAGGUGCUGGUCCAGGCGCACAUCUUCCACCUCUUCCUGCGGGACGUCAAGCAGGCCGAGGCCUUCCUCAACAACCAGGAGUCAGCACUGGCCCAUGUGGAGCUGCCCACCACGGUGGAGACCGUAGAGGGCGCCAUCAAGAAGCACAAGGACUUCACCACCACCAUGGAGAUCAACCUGCACCGCAUCAAGGCUGUGGUCGAGGCGGGGGAGAGCCUGAUAGGCCAGGCGAACAUCUACUCGGACCGCAUCCAGGAGCGGGUGGACACGCUCGUUAACAGGAGCGCUCAGAACCGAGGCCUGGCCCAGCAGUGGCUCGACAGGCUGAAUGACCAGUGGGAGCUGCAGAGGUUCCUGCAGGACUGCCAUGAGCUGGGCGACUGGGUGGCUGAGAAGAUGCUGAUGGCUCAGGACACCGUCCGGGACGACGGUCAGAAGCUACACAAGAAGUGGCUCAAGCACCAGGCGUUCAUGGCCGAGCUGGCCCAGAACAAAGAGUGGCUGGACAAAAUUGAGAAGGAGGGCCAGCAGCUGAUCCAGGAGAAGCCGGAGCUCAGCUCCGUGGUGCGUCAGAAGCUGGGGGAGAUUCGGGAAUGCUGGAUGGACCUGGAGAGCACCACCCAGGCCAAGGCCCGGCAGCUCUUCGAGGCCAAUAAGGCAGACCUCCUGGUGCAGAGCUACUCCUGUCUGGACCAGCAGCUGUCUCAGCUGGAGGACCAGCUCUCCACCGUGGACCACGGUCAGGACCUGGUCAGCGUCAACAAGCAACUGAAGAAGCUCCAGACCAUGGAGUCCCAGAUGGAGGUGUGGUAUAAGGAGGUGGGCGAGCUGCAGGUCCAGGCCGCCUCCAUCCCGCAGCAGGGCCUGGUGCGGGAGGCCAUGAGCGAGAAGCAGUGCGCGGUGGAGACGCGGAUCGUGCGCCUCAUCGAGCCCCUGAAGGAGAGGCGGCGGAUCCUGCUGGCCUCCAAAGAGGUGCACCAAGUCAGCCGCGACCUGGAGGACGAAAUCUUGUGGGUGCAGGAGCGCCUUCCCAUAGCCACCACCAGGGAGUACGGGAGCAGCCUGCAGGCUGUGCAGCAGCUCAUGAAGAAGAACCAGAGUUUGCAGCGUGAACUGCAGAGCCGGCGGGCGCGGAUGGAGGACGUGCUGGACCGGGCGGGGCUCAUCGCCUCGAUCCGCAGCCCGGAGGCGGACUGCGUGCGGGCGGGGCUGGAGCGGCUGCGGCAGCUGUGGGAGGCCCUGCGGGCGGAGACGGAGCAGCGGCAGCUCACCCUGGACGCCAUGUACCAGGCCCAGCAGUACUACUUCGACGUGGCCGAGGUGGAGGCCUGGCUGAGCGAGCAGGAGCUGCACAUGAUGAACGAGGAGAAAGGCAAGGAUGAGCCCAGCACCCUUCAGCUGUUGAAGAAGCACCUGGUGCUGGAGCAGACCAUCGAAGACUACGCAGAGACGAUAGGCCUCCUCUCCCAGCAGUGCCGGCAGCUACUCGAGCUGGGCCACCCAGACAGCGAGCAGAUCAGUAAGAGGCAGUCGCAGAUCGACCGGCUCUACGUGUCCCUGAAAGACCUGGUGGACGAGCGCAAGUCCCGGCUGGAACAGCAGUACUGGCUUUACCAGCUCAACCGGGAGGUGGAGGAGUUGGAGCAGUGGAUCGCUGAGCGCGAGGUGGUGGCCAGCUCCCCGGAGCUCGGACAGGACUAUGAGCACGUCACGAUUUUGCAGGAGAAAUUCACAGAGUUUGCCUCGGAGACGGGCUCCCUGGGCCAGGAGCGGGUGACGGCGGUGAACCAGAUGGUGGACGAGCUGAUCGACUACGGGCACGCCGACGCUGCCACCAUCGCAGAGUGGAAGGACGGGGUGAACGAGGCCUGGGCCGACCUGCUGGAGCUCAUGGAGACGCGGGCGCAGAUGUUGGCCGCUUCGCACCAGCUCCACAAGUUCUUUUCUGACUCCCGAGAGGUCCUGGCACAGAUUGAGGACAAGCAGAGGAGGCUCCCGGAGGUGCAAGCACGGCCGGGGGGUAUGGCCAACACCAGCACCCUACAGAGGCUCAUGCACACCUUCGAGCAAGACAUCCAGCUACUGGUCACACAGGUGAGGCAGCUGCAGGAGAGUGCCGCCCAGCUGAGGACGGUCUACGCCGGCGAGAAGGCCGAAGCCAUCGUCUCCCAGGAGCAGGAAGUGAUGCACCACUGGAAAGACCUGCUGACUUCCUGCGAGGCGUGCCGGGUGCAGAUCACCACGGCAACGGACAAGCUGCGAUUCUUCGGCAUCGUGCGCGACCUGAUCAUGUGGAUGGAGAGCGUCAUCUGCCAGAUCGGGACGGGAGAGAAGCCCAGAGACGUGUCCUCCGUGGAGGUGCUGAUGAACUACCACCAGAGCCUGAAGAGCGAGAUCGAGGCACGCAACAAGAACGUCUUCCAUUGUGUGGAGAUGGGCAAGACCCUGCUGGCGGCCCGAAACCCUGCGUCUGAGGAGAUCAGAGAUAAGCUGGACAGAGUUAUAGCCAAGCAGAAAGAGCUUACCCAGAAAUGGGACCGGCACUGGGAAGAGCUACAGCACAUGCUGGAGAUGCACCAGUUCGCUCAGGAGGCCGUGGUGGCAGAGGCCUGGCUCACCGCCCAGGAGCCCUUCAUCAACAGCAAAGAGCUGGGCGCCAGCGUGGACGAGGUGGAGCAGCUGAUCCGCCGGCACGAGGCCUUCCGCAAGGCCGCUGCCACCUGGGAGGAGCGCUUCAGCUCCCUGAGGAGACUGACUACCGUGGAGAAGCUGAAGGCGGAGCAGAGCAAGCUCCCUCCGACCCCGCUGCUGGGGCGAAAGGUGUUCCUCGACCCACAGGAGACGUCCCCCGCCCGGAGCACCGCCUCCUCCCUGCUGCGGCAGACCAUCUACGAGCAGCCCGAACCCGCCGCCCUUGAAAAACAGCACCUGGAACCUCCCUCCUCGUCCGUGUCCCGGAGGCUGGGCUCCAUGGUGGCCAACUACACGCCGGUGAUGAACGGCUCCAACUACCGAGGCCUGGACCGGGCCGCGGCCGCGGCAGGGGUGGCCGUGGAGGCCAAGGUGGCCUACGUGCGGCAGGACCUGAAGCCCGAGCGUCUGCAGCCCAGAAUAGACCACAUCCACGAGGCGGUGCGCCCCCUGCUGGACUUGGAGAGGGAACGGGAGCGGGAGAGAGAGCGGGAGGUGGUAGUACCGCCAACGGUGGUGAUAGCCGAGGUGGUGACCCGGGACCGGGAGCUUCUGAAUGGCGCAGAGUCGCCGAGGGACCCCCGCGGUAGCCGCUCGGACCCCCAGAUGGACUACCGGCGCGAGCGGCGGCUGGAGCGGGAGGCCUCGAGCGAGCAGGAGAUCCAGGCGCGGCGCGACGAGCUGCCCCAGGAGGUGUGGAGGGAACGCAGGGAGCGGAGGCUGGAGCGGCAGACCUCCAGCGAGCAGGAGGGCUACGCCCACGAGGGCCGGCGGAGAGACCGGCACCGCCUGGAGAGGCAGGAGUCCAGCGAGCAGGAGACCGCCAGGGAGCAGUCCGACAAGCGGUCCGGCGGGGAGAAGAGGUCCACCCUGUUAGAAAUUGUGGAGCAGCUGCAGGAGAGGGAGGCAGCACAGGCACGGGGGGAGUUGCCCCGCCUUCCCAAUGGCCUGCCCGAGAAGUCGUCGCGGCCGGAACGGCCUCGGGCCCGGGACCGGCCGAAGCCCCGCCGCAGGCCGCGGCCCAAAGAGGCCAGCGGGGGCGGCGAAACGCGACGGUCCCGCUCCGCACCCGCCCAGAGCAGCCCCGCCGUCGCCCAGCAGCCCGCGCACACCGCCCAGCACGAGGGCUUCCUCUUCCGCAAGCUUGACAUCGAGGGCCAGAAAAAGAGCUCCAACAGCAGGUCUUGGGUCAACCUGUACUGCGUGCUUUCCAAGGGAGAGUUGGGCUUCUACAAGGAUGCUAAAAGCACAGCCACACCUUACAACAGCGAGCCCAUGCUCUGCCUGAGCAGCUGCACCUGCGACGUCACCAACGGCUACAAAAAGAAGAAGAACGUCUUCACGCUCAAAACAAAAGAUGGGAAUGAAUUUUUGUUCCACGCAAAGGAUGAGGAUGACCUGAAGGGCUGGAUCUCGAACAUCACCACCAGCAUCUCAGAGCACGAGGAGAUCGCCAAAUUGGGGCAGCCCCAGCCUACUACCUCUUCCACCGACGAGGGGACGCGGCGGGACGGCAGCAAGGCCGAAAAGUCGGAAAAGGGCGGGGAGAGGUCCGACAGAGGGGACAAGGCGGAGAAGGGGGAAAGGUCGGAAAAGUCAGAGAAGGGGGGGAAAACGGACAAGCGUUCCGGCACAUCGGGGAAGAAGAAAUGAGGGAGGAGUCACGUGUAGGGGCGGGGUGGGGGUGCGGCUUGUCGGAGCUGGUGUUUGUCCCGCCCCUCCGGCACCACCCCCCACCCUCCUUUGAUGUCGAUCAAUACUGAAAAUAAAAGUGACACGAAGCAGGGCGAAUGUGCGGGAAUGAAGGGGAGCGUGUGCCUGUGCGUACGUCCCUUCCCUCUGUCCCUUUCUCUCUGUGGCUCCGAGGAGUCGCUCGACACCACGCACCAGCUCUCGUUGCUCUGACACUCUCCGCUUCUGCCCCGGGCAGUUAGAGCCCCCCCCCCCCUCGUGGUCGUGGCUGGACUGCAUCACAGCCAGGGUAGGUUAAGACAGAAAUACCCCAUACAAAACGGUUGUUGUGACAGGAAUUAAGUUAAAGUAGCUCAUAAAGAAUGUUUCCUUUCAAAUUACCUGUAUCUAAAUGUACCUAUUUAGCUUCCUGUCUGUCUGUUUAUCUAUUUAUCUGUCUCGACAUCAUAUCUUAUAAUCCCGAGCAACAGUGAAUGAAAUAUGCCAAAAUGUUUUUAAAAGCUUUUUUUUAUUUUGGAAAAAUUCUUGUUUGUUGCACCCCUUUUCUUUCACUGUCAGGUCUAUCUGGUUGUCACCCAACCCCUUUGUAAUUUCCGUGUUGUUUUGUAAAUCCACCAGAGGGCUCAGUUUCUUCUGCACCUGCUUGUCCGAGGUCCACAAGGUGCCAUUUUGACUAGAGAGGGAAUGGAACAGAAAGCUUGGGGCUUUCAACAGCAAAUGUUCAUACAGCAAGAACUGCAAUGUGAGCAAAGCUGCUCUGUGUUGUUCUCUUUCCCUGGUGUGGUGAGCUGGCAUGAAAAAUAGCUUCUGUGCCACCUGGGCUUCCGACAUACCAAACAAACCUUGGGUCAGGGGUCAGGGGUCAUCAUUAAUGAGCAGAAGACAACCCAAACCCCAGUAUAAGCUGCUGGGGUACAGCAUGGAGAGGGGAACCUCUAAUACCCGCUCAGACGGCGGGCUGCAGGUCAAGCAUUCACCAGGUGAAUGGUCCGUCUGUCCAUUUUACUGCGUUUGUGUCACGUCUGUUUUUGUUUAAAAAAAGACCUCAUUCUUGGAAGGAUGAAAAGCCUGUUUGCGUAUCGCUGUGCACCGUGGCCAGGGUCUCAUUGCUCAGGUUCUGUUUGAUUAUUCGUGUUCUCAGUUACUCUUAGUCUUCCAAGCAUAGCCGAAAUCUCUCUGCAGUAAGGCGUUGCCCCCACUGGGGGCAUCCGGGAGAAGAAGCGAGGUUUGAGGUAGCUACGGGUUGUGGCUACUCAGAAGACCCCAGCUUCUCAGAGAAACACAAAGUGUUCUGGGCGAUGUGUUAGUGCCCCUCAGAGGUGUGGACGCAGAAAUAUUUUGGAGAGGCAUGUCGUACUCCUCUGGCUUGUGUGGGGAAGCAUCCUCCUUGCUGGAUUUGUUUAGCGUAAUUCAUCUCUGUUGAUAUACAGCAACAAUGAUGAUAAAGGUGUGAGAAAUGGUGCUUUAACGUGGAUGUGGGUGAUUGUUCCAUAGUGAAUAGGUUCAGGGAAUGAUGAAUUACAGUCUUUAGGUCGGUCCGUAUGGGUCCUCACGAAAUAGCACAGCGAAGCCGUGUGCAGCAGUCUUUUCAUGGCCUGAAACGGCUGGCAAAUAGUUUCCCUCUCUUUAAAGACAGUUAUUACAGAAGAAACAGUUACAGCUUUGCCCUUCAUAACCCUUUAGCCAGUCAGGUCAGCUGGUGAAUUGCUGGCAGAACAUUCAGAGCUCACAGUGAGAACCAGGGCGAAAAAGGGGGAGGUUAGCACCAAGAUUGGCAUCGUUCUAAAAUGCAAUGCAAUUGUAUUACUACAAAGAUGUACAAGAAUAAAGAUUUGGUUUUGACAAGAGGCAUGGAAUAUCUGGAAUAAUAUCCAAGGGAUCUGUGACAUCGCAAAUAUUACACAUUUCUUAACUGAAUUUUAACACUCGAUUUUCUUUGGUUGUUCAUGAAGUACAGUAUGCAUUCAUAAAUAUAAUUAUGCGCAAAAUUCAACUGAUGCAAACUGCAAUGCAUGUAGGAUACAAAAGUGCAGUCAUCACUGGCUUUUUUUAUACGAAUUGUCACGCAAGUAAUAAAUGUUGACAUAUAUGGCACAAUAAUCCACCUGCAUGAGGUAUAAGGGUGCUGAGAUGCAACCUCUUAAACAAUGGGCUAGGUUCACAGUGCUUAUACUGAAGGGCAUAUAAUGUUAAAUGAUUGGAUUAUAAUGUGGUUUCUUAAAAUUAGACAGCAACAUGUUGAUCAGUGAUGGCUUUCUAUGUGACAUACACUCUUUCUUGCCUUCCAGUUGUUGGACAUUGCUGUCCCUGUAUAGCCAAUUUGGUUUUGAAAGACAUAAAUUAUUUAUUCCAUUAAAAGAAUAAAUCCACAGUUUGGAUACUUGUGUAUCUUACAUGCCUAGGAUUCUGCAGUAGCUAAAGGUCAAAGGUUAAAAAAAGAAAAAAAAAGUAUGCAACCUAUACUGAGAUUUAAUCUGCUGGGUGGUGCUUUCUGUCUGCGGUGGUUACAACCUGUUUCAGCAAGUCACACAAAAUGUAUUCACAGUUCAGGAGUUAAAUAAUGUGUGAUUAUUAGACCCGAAAGUGAAGAAUUUAGAUGGUUUGGGAAACUGCUCUCUCGCAUCAAGGAAAGGCUAGUGCAGAUGCAUUUUGCAGCAAAGCUUACCCUAAUGUGUACCCAGGGCUGUAUAUAUCCAUUUUCCACCCUUAUAUGGAAUAUCCAACUGUCUGCUACUGCAGCCUCAUUCCAUGUGCAAACCACCCUGCCAGUUCGAAAGCAAUGAGACUUCUGCAGUUCUCGGAAACAUGCUUCUGUUUGCAUCACAGACCAUAGCUAAGCUCGCAAUACCUUUCGUAUGCGGUUUUUGUAGUCUCACAAGCGCCCUUUUUGGCCGUUGGAGUUUGUUUGAGAGCGAUGAAACGUGGAUCUUUAUCUGACUGAUCCCCACCCAUACCCUGGGCCCCGGCGCUGAGUGUCCGAAUUCGAUCCGAGACCAUGAGGCUCAUCCAUGCCUCCCAGCAUGGUGCCUUAACCAAACGAGCCAUCCAGCAUCCAACCUCUAGGAACUUUUGAUUACAUUCUUUUCCUUUCCAUUGAAAAAGCUGACUGACCCUGCCUGACUGUAAAUAAGACAUUGCUUUUGUUUUUCAUACAGUGUCUGGUUUCCCAUUAUUUUCUACCAUCCUUUACCAAAAACAGGGAAAAAUGUGUGUCCGUCUUGCUCACAAAGGGUUGGUCUUCUAUGAAAAAAAAAAAUCAUCUUUUUGGAAAUGUUUUCCUGAAUUGCUUUUCUGGUUUAUAUGAUCAUUGAUACAAAUUCUGAUUUGUAAAUGCAGUAUUCGUUCAUAUAGAUGAUGGUAUUCAGAAUAACUUUGGUACGAUUACUGAAGAAGAAGAAGAAGAAGAAGAAGAAGGAACUAAAGGAAAACAAUAAUUGCUGGCAAAACGAAUAGAGAAUUUAUGCAACUUUUCCUUUGCACUAAAACGCUACCCCAUUGCACAGCACUAAUUCCCUGGAAGUUGUGGUGCUGCAGGGUCUGCAGGAGAAGGUGAGGUGGAAGGGUGUGGUCAAUUGGGGAAGAAGCUUGGCGUCUUCUGUCUCAUCGCCCGCAUUGCGUACAUUUUGCUUGACUGCACGUAAUUAAGUCACCAAGCUGUCUUUUAGCCUUGUGUAUUUGGCUGGAACUGGAGUGAAUCUUGUCAUUUCCACUUCUCUCUGUUGCGGUAUGGUAUUUAUUAUUUUGUAACCGAUUCACUUGUUAAACACAUUACUUUCUCCAGCUGUGAUGCCACAGGAGUUUUUUAAAGGAACACUUAACUAAGUGAGUGGUACCAGGACCGCUUACCAGGAAGUAUAGUCCCUGGCAGUGUCUUGAGUGUGGAGUCUCUGGAUCUGUUCGACUGUGUCACUUUCCUAGCCUGUGAUCUCCUCUCAAAAACACAGACCAGUCAGAGGUUAUAGCGGAUCAAGAGAAAGCACAAUUUUUAUAAAUACGUUUGACAGACACACGGGCAGCGUUUUAUAUAUGGUUUUAUUAAAACCACACCCUCUUCAAGCAAAACCAAUGAGCAGAAAAGUGGCUCUACUGUAUGUGUGUGCAACACUGUUUGCACUGUCAUUGUUUAUUACAUUUUUCUGACCGAGAUGGGUUAUUGAGUGUGUUGAAAGGGGCUGUGGACAUUGGAGCAGGCUGACCUCUCCACAGGAACCUAUCCUACAGGAAUAAGCCACACUUGUGUAGGUAAUUGCCAAGGGCAGUCUGGGAUGCCCUUUCUUUUACAUUUACAUUUUUGUAAUUUGGCAGAUGCUUUUAAUCCAAAGCGAUUUACAGGUGCAUGGGUUCUUCCACAGGUCUUUCACUGGAAAAGCCAGAGUAGUCAUGGAAGGAGUGCUCUGCCCUGAAAACCAAUAUCAGUCUACAUGUAUAGUUGUUUUUUCUUCCUAAUUCUUUAAAUAUUAUCCCACAUGUAUUCCUUGAUGGGAGAUAUCCGCCACAAUCCACCAUCUAAUUGAAGCCUCCAGCCUACAGCAGCUGUGUAUUUCUGUGUAUCUCCUCUGAACUUCCUUGCCUUUGGUAUCGGUCCUCCUCCCGGAUAGACCCUACAGCACCACUGAUCUUCAGUGAACUACUGAUAUUUUGCAAAGCUCAACAGCUUGCCAAUCUGUAUAAAAUGUAAUUGCUUAAGAUAUUUUCUGUAAAGAAAAACAAAAAAAGUUUUCAUUUGUUUUCUUUUUCAGCUGUAAUACCGAAGGGGAAGUUUGUGACUUUUAACACAUUUAAUGAUCGGAUUACAUAUGGGGGGAGGGGGUAUUUGUAAAAUAUAUAUAUAUAUAAAAAGGACAAAAUUCAGGACAAGAGGUUGCAUGAAUUAUCGGGAGAACCUACUAUGAAGCUGCUGUGCAUGUUUUUAACAGUUAACCCCUCGCUAUACAAUCACUGUACAAUACUGGGGUGACACAUGUAAGUACAUGGAAAUAAUGAAUGAAUGAAUAAUUGUGUAAAAAUAGAUCCAACUUAAGAUCAUUGCCUCUGUACAGUUAUCUCUGUGAAUUGACAAAUACAAGUUGUGAUAUGUCAAAACC